AUGCAGGACAUUGGAUUUAAAGCACCUAAAGCCAAAAACACAGCCAGUGGCUCGGCAUCAAGUAAGAGAUCUCGUGCUGCAGAAGUCCACAACCUCUCGGAAAGGAGGCGCCGAGACAGGAUAAAUGAGAAAAUGAGGACACUUCAAGAACUUCUUCCUCGUCGUACUAAGUUGGACAAAGCUUCGGUGUUGGAUGAGACUAUCGAAUUUAUGAAAUCUCUCAUGAUGCAAGUGCAGAUGUUGACCAUGAUGUUGUACCAUGGCACACAAGGUUUUGUUCCCCCAAUGACUUGUAACCGAGCGGCCAACUUUCCUCAUUUUCCAAAUCAGCUACCAAUGCCGAGUUAUGCCGAUUUGUAUCAACAGUUUCUGAGGAUACAACAGCCACAGAAUCAAGUCGUGCCACAGGCUGAUGCGCACAAGCCGAGUACUAGUAAGGAACCUGAUAAUUAG